UAGAGGAGGGCAGUGAAAUUGUAGAAGAAACCUCCAUGAAAUUAUCCCUAGGGUUUCGCUGCUCAACACAAAGCAAUUCUCUUGGUGGGUUAAAGCAAUGGAAGGGCUGAAGUUGGCUGCCGCCAAAUUGGUAGUCUAUCUACAUCCAUCCAAGGCCAAAAAUGUUGCCGAUGCUAUUCAUGGUGAAAUCAGCUCUCUACUUUUCAAGUUCAAUGAAACUUUUGAUGGUGUUUUAUUGGCAUAUGACACGGACUUCCCAAGUAAUUUGGCUAAGAUUUUGCCGGGAGUUCAUCCUUAUUUUGGAGUGCGGCUAGAAACAAAACUGCUGCUUUUUCAUCCAAAACCAGACAUGGUUUUAGAGGGAGAGGUAGUUAGACUUAGCGAACAGUCCAUUCAUGUUGUUAUUCUUGGUUUUUCUGCCGCUGCUAUAAUGGCCGAAGAUAUUCGUGAGGAAUUUAAGUUCAAAGCUAAACCUGGCAAAGAAGUCUUUCGGAGUACAAUUCACAAGAAACACAGGAUCAAAAUUGGAACUAUUAUACGCUUUGUAGUUAAAAGCUUCGAUGAAGAAAUACUGCACGUAUCUGGCUCAUUGCUUCCUGCUCACACAGGAUGUGUUAAAUGGUUGGAAAGACACUUGGAGGAAUGGUCACAAUCUGACAGUACAAUUAAAAAGAGGAGAGCAAACGAGCAAAACAGAGAAAUUUCAGAGCCUGAUAAAGCCGCAAAUGAUGGGGAAACAUUUGCUGUAAACACUGAAAGUCCUAAUAAGAAGUCUAAGAGAAGGAAAAAAGAGAAUUCAUGAAAAUUUCCGUGGAGUCGAUGUGCAAACAUUUUGCAGGUUCCACGCUUGGUAAUUGUUAGUUGUGAAAAUUGAAAAAUCGAAUAACAUUCUUCUCUGUAUUGUUGGCUUGCCAUCUUGUCAGCUUUUCAAGUCACCCUCUUGAAGUGAUUUUUCUUUAUGCUCUUAUUUUGCAUACUAUCUUGAUUUGGUGCUUCUGCCAAUUGUUUCAUGUUUUCUUUUCUUGGUUUAGAUGAACUAAUGUUCAUUGUAUUCGGAUUUUGUGUGCCAUCCAUUGUGUAGGUAAUACCAGCAUUUUCUAAAAGCGGUUUAGUUUUUUCCUUUGAGCAUCACGGGCCUAUAAUAGUUCAUUAUUGAAGUGAAGAAUAUGAAAGUUUUGAAGGCAAUGCAAUUUAAAGCUGCAAGUCUACUGGUGAUGUUGUCAUGGAUGCUGAUUAUACCUAGUCAUUCUCUGUUCACGUUGUAAAUCUCCAGCUGUGGAGGCAAAUGCUUCCUUAUUUCUCAAAGGUGUAAUUGUCCCGGGCAUGAGAAAUUUCCCUUUAUUUUCUUUUUCCCUUUCCAGGAUGAUUGCUUACCGCAAAAAGGUCGAGUUGUAAUACUAUUGGACGAUUUGUAUCUAUAUGGCUUUUAGAUUUCAGUUAUUUUGCACCACUAAA